GGUCCAGAUAAUUCAAAACGAAGUCGAGCAGAUGGUGAUUCAGAAUACAGAAGCACACGACGAGUAUUCACACCACCGCGAAAUGCACGUGAAGGAGAACAUGGUUCUCUUACUGUGUAUGAGAAUGAAAAUGAUCUUCCUAUGACUUCGAAAAGUCUUCAAGAACGUGUUCAAGCUCGUUUACGUGCUAUAGAACGACGUCAUCAGUUGGAAGAAGGAAACAACCCUGGAACUACUGAGAUUACUAACGGUCCACCUGUUAUUCCGGAUAAGAAUCGUGAAGGUUCUCUUGCAGUCGGAGAUGAUGCUCCUCCGUCUGAAUCUCCUAAAGGUGAUCGAGGACAUUUCCGUGGAAAUGGUCCAUCAAAUGCUGAUCGUCGAUCAGGUGGCGGCUCCUUUCAGCGUCCUGAUUAUCAUGGUAGUCGAGGUAGUGGUGGAUAUUACGGAAGAAAUCGACCUCGUGGAGGUCCUCGAUGGCGUAAUCAAUGGGAUGAUUAUCGUUUGCGACGAAACAACUGGCAUAAUCACCGUUAUGAUGAUCGUAGACGUGAUGGUCCAUCAGCUAGAUCAGGCAGUGCAAGUAACUUUGAACGUCGCCGAAAACGUUAUGGAACAUCUGGGUCAGCGGAACGUUCACCUCGUUCUUCACGUUCACGUUCUAGAUCACGAUCACAUGUUUCUAAAAGUCGAUCUCGUUCAUAUUCACGCAGUCCUCGAUCAUCGCCUCGAUCACCGUCACAAUCACCAAUUCGACCUGGUGCUCGUGGAAGAGUAAUAUCUCGUGCUCGUAUUAAAACUCCUCCACUUGCUCCACUAGUCACAAGUUUCCGACGUAGUGAAUCCGAUGAAAAUCUUGCUGAAUUAGAUCAAUUUGUUGCACAAUUAAAAGCGAAACGACAAUUACAACAACAAUAUCAACAACAACAAUAUAUGGCACAAUUUCAAGAGAUGCAAGGUCCCAUAGUUAACACAACGGUUGUUUCUCACAAUCAAGACGAUUAUCAUCAGAUGGAGUUGGAGUCUGGCCAGAAUAGUCCAUCGAAACACGGUGGUGGUGAUAUUCCUCAGCAUAAUGACAGUCUUUAUGCCACUGAUAAAGACGAUACACAGAAUGAUUACAGCACCAACAACAACAACAACUAUCAUCAUCAUCAGCAACAGCAAGACGACGACUCUCCAGAACCGCCUCAAGCACAAUCACCACCUCCACUUGAUGAUUCAAUGCGAGAAGACAAUGUUGUUGUUGAAAAUGCCGUUUAACGUGUUUUCUUCUUCUUCUCCUCUUUUUUCGAACCUCUGUAGAAUUUUUCAUGAAUCACUGUAUUUUUGCAUCCCUAUUAUAUAUUACAUUAUAUUAU